AUGGUGCCAUCUCUAUGGAAAGGGCUGGUGGGCAUCGGCCUCUUUGUUCUAGUUCACGAGGCCUUCUCUACCGCGCAGCGUCGUUCUUGUAUGAGAUCAACAGAAAAGGAAGAUGAAUCGCUGCCCAUAGAUAUAGUUCUUCAGACACUUCUGGCCUUUGCAGUUACCUUUUAUGGUAUAGUUCGUAUUGCAGGGGAAUUUAAAGACCUGGAUGCCACUUCAGAGCUAAAAAACAAGACAUUUGACACAUUAAGGAAUCAUUCUUCAUUUUACGUAUUUAAUCACCACGUUCGAGUACUAUUCCAAUCUUCAGACCCAGUGACCUCUUCAAAUCAAGAUGCAUUGUCGUCCGGUACAUCGUUGACGUUACGGAAACUUGAAUCAUUGCUUCGCCCCCCUGAGCAUCACCGGAAGGUGACCAGCAGUCCAAAUAAUGAUUUUGUUCAGUGUGGACUGAGAACUCAGUUUGAGAACUCUUUCUUGGUCGCUGAGCAUGAAAGGGGUUUCUACAAUCUGGUGUGCUGA